AUGCCUCACGGUGGCCGUGAGCCGCCAGCAUCACCGCGCUCCUCCAAGCCCAGCAAGGGCAAGGGGCGCAUCUUCAAGAACUCGAAGCUGCAGCCUUCGGAGAUCAGGGCGCUGCAGGCCGUCGCGCGCCAGUACAACGCAGCGGCCUCACCAACCUCAACCCCGACCGGAGGCACCAUUGGAGCAGGGGAGGAAUUUUUCCCCCCGCCCCCCUCGAUACCCGACACCCCGGCGUCACCCUCACCGCCACCGCGCGCAACCCGUCCAAACUGGUCCGCGCCGCCGGUGGUCAACAUGCCGGAGCCAAUGGACGUGGUGGCCCCACACCUAAACACCACCGACCGGGACGCGGGUAGCUCACACCCGACCACCGCCAUACCGGACGCAGGCACUACGCACCCUCCGUCCGCGAUCCCGCGACCGACCCCACGGCCGCAGAAGAACACGGCGCAGUCGCAGCCGGCCACUGCCGCGACCGCCGCCCCCCGCGACCCCACCACCACCCCUGUGACACCCGAAACUAGGCCACCGGCGGGCACGCAACACGCCUCGGCCCCACCCCGCCAGCAACGACCGAAGAAGCCCCAACAGGGACCAACGACCGCACGCGCCGCGCCCUUAAGCGCUGCACCCACACGCGCCGCGGCCCCAAGUGCUGCGCCCUCGCGCACCGCGACUGGAGCUCCCGCACCCCUGUUUAACACCACGCCGGGACACUUCCCCUCCCCUACAAGGGAGCCGGCGGACAAGCGGCAGGCCGUCUUCAUCACGCCGCCCUUCCGCCCGCCCCCCAUCCUGCCACCAUUCACCGCGCCGCCCCAGCAUGACACUGCGCCCCCGCCGACCUACGCGGCCGCCGCUGCACCUAACCCCGCUGGCACACGCGCCCCCGCCUCAGCGGCGGGCCACACCGCCACACCAACCACAACGAACGCCGCCACCAACAACACCAGCGCCCCCGCGCCCGGACCACAGAGCGCCCCCGCCCCGAAAACACGAUACCCGCCCCUCAUCGUGGAGAAGCUCCCCAACUGGGUUGAGCACUUCGCGGCGCUGAGGAGGCGGAUGGGCCACGCGCCCAACGCCCGCCCUUUUGGCCAAGGCGUGCGCUUCACACCCCGCUCCGACGAAGAAUACAGAGCGAUCCAGGCGUACCUAGCCGACCUGGAGAGGACCCAGGGAGUCGCCUGGUUCUCAUACUCCCUCCCGGCGGAGCGGAGCCUAAAGGUGGCCAUCAGAGGGUUGCCUGUGGACACCCCACCGGAAGCGAUACAGGAGGCCCUGCGGGAUGCCGGCUAUAAGGCAGAAUACGUCCGCCCAAUCCGUGCGCGCCAGGGACGACCGGGGUGCCUGUAUUACGCCCAGAUUGCGCGCACGGAAAACACCACCCCGGGCAUCUACGCAGUGACGGAGUUGCUCUGCAUGCCCGGGAUCAAAAUCGAGGCAUGGCGGGGCAAGAAAGGCCCCGCGCAAUGCCACCGCUGCCAACAAUUCCGGCACUCGUCGCACAACUGCCACCGGCCUAUGGCAUGCGUGCGGUGCGGCGAGUCACACCCAGCCAGCGAGUGCCCCCGCCCGAGAGAAGAGCCGCCGACGUGCGCGAACUGCGGCGGAGCGCACACGGCGAACAACACGUCGUGCCCGGUGUUCCGCCGCGAAACGCGCAACCCCAGGGCGGGCACGUUGGCGCGCACCACCACCACCACCACCACCACAGCAAACAAGCCAGCCGCAACACAGCCAGAGGGCGAACCAAACGCCCCUGGCACCCUAAUGGCCGCGGCAAAUGAGCCGGGCGCUAAACGCCGUGCAAGGCGAAGGCGCAGGAAGAUAAAGAAGCCCGCAAAUGCCGCCCCUGCCCCCGCCCCCACUACCGCCCCCGCCGUCGCCCGCGCCGCUGCUAAAGCAAAGGCGCCCCCUGCCCCCGCGACCAAGGCGCCCGUCACCGCCGCGACUAAGGCAAACCGACCGGCAGCGCCAACCGCGCAAAAAGCACCCUCACCCCCGCCGAUCACCAUCAACACCGUCGUCCGCAUCCUGCAGGGGAUUACGCGAUCAAGUCCCUGA